GUCUGGUAUACAUUUCGUGUUUUGCUCCUUACUUUUAAGCAACUACUGGUAACCAUAAGAAGCUCUUUCGCACUCCUACUAAAUCAAUAUCCUUGCUGAACUUGCAGAAAUCCAGAUAAAUGACAGUAUAGAAAAGAAUUACGAAUUUAGAUAUUAAAUCUUAACUUCUAACUGGAAUUCCAGAAUUCUCAGUGCAAUGAACGUUUGGAAUGCGUUUCUGAUUUGUUAUAUCUUGUGCACUGUCAAACUUGGAAAUGCGAAAAAGGGCUUCAUUCUGACAUCUCCAAAGGUACUAGAUGCUGGCACCACGGAAUACUUCACGCUUUCGGUAUUCGAUGUACCACCUGGUGAAGAAAUCACAAUCCAUUUGCUGCGAAUUAAUGACAACAGCGUAUUGGCUGAAAGCAAAGUGAAUGUUCUACCCAAUCAUAAUAUGUGGGUGGAGAUGUUUAUACCACCGUUAAAAGAUGUUAAGCGUGCGAAAUUACACAUUUUUGGCACGUUUAGUGGUUUGUCCUCCACCUAUAAAAUAGAUGAGAAACAAGAAGUGAGCAUACGUUCCAGGUCUGAUCUAACAUUGAUUCAGACAGAUAAACCGCUGUACAAACCUGGACAGACAGUGAGAUUUCGUGUUCUGCCUAUGGACAGUGAACUCAAGCCCCUGGGUAAAGAUGCGACAGGAGAUAUUUGGGUUGAAGAUUCCAAUGGUAUCAGAGUAUCCCAAUGGAAAAACCUCACGUUCGAAAGAG